UUCUCGCGCCUCGUCUGUCGUUCGAGCAAGGGGACAGCACAUCAUCCUUGGGGGACGGGAGAGGGAAAUACAUGUGAACAUUUUUGACCCCGAGUAUGUGUUUAGAGUGAAACAAUUCACAGUGGAAACAUGUCUGCGGCCUUAUCGCGCUCUCUCUGCAGGGUUUUAUCCCGACAGACCGCUCCGUCACGCUUCCUGUUGGGAGAACAUCAUGCUGUACAGAGUCCUUGGUUCGCACCAGUAAUGACACUGAAGACAUCUGCUCCACUGAGAGCGGAGCCUAAAAAGAAGAAGAAAGUGGACCCAAGAAGGGAGCAGAUGUUGAAGGAGAGGAUGAGAAAAAAGCUGAAGAAGCUGGAGAAGGUUGCACCUGAGCUUAUACCCAUAGAGGACCUCAUCACUCCGACCAAAUGCUUGGAUGAAACAAGGGAACGCUCUGCACCAAGGCUGUCAUUUGAAGAAAGUGAGGGUCGCGCCUUGUUGCUGAAGGAGUGGUGUCGAUACAAACAGGAGCAGCACAUGGCUGAGGUGCAGGCUGUUGAGCUCGCCCUAGAAGCACAGAGGGAGGCAUUGGAGGAGCUGAAAUUAGAGUCUGAGGAGCUGUACAAGGCGGCGCUGAAACCAGACCCCCUUCUGUUUCCCUUCACUCACGAAGGUCCUGCCUACACACCGCCAAAGACCAAGUAUGAAGCUCCUGAUGGGAAAUACAACAACAUUACUAAAGUGUACACACAGUGAUGGACAGGGGAGGGCUGUGAGCACAGCCUGUGUGUUUUGUCAUGUAUUUAGUGUCCUUGUUUGUACAUGAUUCAAUAAGCCAUCAUGCAGUCUUCAUGGGAACGACACUUUGCAAAUAUGUUUUUUUCUUUCUUGAAUUGUACAGUCACCUCAGUUGUUUCAUGUCUGUAUGAAAUGCUACAAUACUCUUGGAAAUUAUGCAUUGUUCUCUUUUUU